AAUUUUUUCUUUCAGUUUUUUCUCUUUUUGUGAUUUUUUUUUCCUUCUGAAUUCCUUAAGUUUUGUCAUCUUUGAUGUCCUUUCUGAUUCUUUGAAUUUAGUUGUUCUUGAACGUGAAAUUAAAAGGAGAGAAUCACUGCUGACCCAACUCGAUCCAUUAUCUUCAACACCUUUCUUAUUCGUUCUAUCUAUGGCAAGCUCAUUGAGAUUGUAUUUGACUUGCAUACGAAACACUCUAGAGGCUGCCAUGUGUUUGCAGAAUUUCCCUUGUCAAGAAGUUGAAAGACAUAACAAACCCGAAGUUGAAAUGAAGACAAGCCUGGAGCUUCUGCUCAAUCCUGUUGUGAUUUGUCGAAAUGAGGCUGAAAAAUGUUUGAUUGAAACAUCUAUUAAUUCACUUCGCAUAAGCCUCAAGGUAAAGCAGGCAGAUGAGCUUGAAAACAUCCUAACCAAAAAAUUCCUUAGAUUUUUGUCAAUGAGAGCAGAAGCUUUUCAAGUAUUACGAAGAAAACCUGUACAGGGUUAUGAUAUUAGUUUUCUUAUCACUAAUUACCACUGUGAAGAGAUGCAGAAGCAUAAGCUUAUUGACUUCAUUGUGCAAUUCAUGGAAGAUAUUGACAAAGAGAUAAGUGAACUAAAACUGUCAAUGAACACAAGGGGGAGGUUAGUGGCAACUGAAUUUUUGAAGCAAUUCAUCUGAGGACUGAAGUAGUUCCAUUUGUUUGUGUAUUUUGAUGAAACAAUGACACUAUUAUUCAUAUGUUUUCUUUUUUCUAUAUCAUAUAUGUUUUUGUUGUAGUUUGAUUUUUGUGGAAAGGGCCCUUAUUGAGGGUCAUUUUGGGAAA